AAAAAAAUGAAACAAACGACAAACCUAGUGACCCUUUCGGUAUUUAAAGUCUCAAUAACACAUUCAUCAAUGAAGUCUAUUUCUCUCUCUCUCCACCAUACGACGCAAUGAAGAAGCUCUACAAGAAAGGAACUGUACACCCGUCGCCGCCGCAGAUAAAAUCCGACGACCAACUUCUUUCUCUCCUUCCCGUUGCCAUAUUCUCACUAGCGGCAGUGCUCUCUCCGGAAGACCGUGAAGUCUUGGCAUAUCUCAUAUCAACCGCCUCUUACUCCGGCGAACUAAACUUUACCUCCCGCGUGAAUAAAACCAAACCCGGCGAAGUAUCUCAUUUCGACAACCACUCCCCUCUCUUCCACUGCGACUGUUUCAGCUGCUAUACGAGUUAUUGGGUCAGAUGGGACUCUUCACCUAAUCGCCAGCUGAUUCAUGAAAUCAUCGACGCAUAUGAAGACAGCUUGGAGAAAAAGAAUCAAACAAAGAAGAAGAAGAACGUAAGUGGGAAGAAAGACCGUAGAAAGCGUUCAGGGAAACCUUCAGCUCUUGCUACUCCUAGCUUUGGUCCGAACGAUUCAGAGAUUCCGAGUCGACUCAGUGGCGAGUUCAUCACAAGUUCGAGGGAGUUGGUUGAUGGUACUGGAAGUUGCAACGGCGGUUUGGAAUCUACGGAAGAGUUCCGGACCGGGAAGGAUGGUGAAGAGGCGGCGGCAGAGGACGAGAAGGGGUCCAUUAGGAGGUUUGUGACUUUCAUUGGUCAGAAAGUCUUUGGUGUUUGGGGAUAAAAAAUUUUUUUACCGAGAAUAAUUACAAGAAAUAAAAAGGUAGAACUUUUUUUUUUAUUUCUGUUUUUUAGGACAUUAUUCUUAUAUAACACAUAACCCUUAUAGCUUA